UCCAAAUCUUUUUUUAAUAAAAAACAAUUAUUUUGACUAUAUAUGUGCAAGUAAACAGAGCUGUAGCAGAGAGGCUUAAAAGCAUCUUCCCAGAAAGGAAAGAUAUUUUAAAUUACCGUCGGCAAAAGUUUCGUGGACGCUUUACCGGCGAGGCGAUUGGGAGUAACUUUCAAGGAUGCAAAAUCAUCGUUACCGAAAAGUUGCCACGGCGAAGAAUGAUGAUAACAAACUCGAGCGAGUUGACUCAGCUGAAGAAGAUAAGAAGAAGAAGCAGAGGUUUAAGAGGAAAUUGGUGAAGUACGAAGAGUUACCGAAUUAUUUGAAAGACAACGAGUUCAUUUUGGAUCAUUACCGAUGCGAAUGGUCAGUGAAGGACAUUUUCUUAAGCGUGUUGUCAUGGCACAACGAAACGCUAAAUAUCUGGACGCAUUUGGGAGGGUUUUUAAUAUUCUUUGGAUUAACGGUGAUGAGUUCCAUGGAGGAGUUGGGAUGUGGAGCUUGGAUCAGCGGCUUUUCCAGAGCUCAAAUAUUGGGACCAUUGAAGAUGAUGAUGAUGAAGAAUGAUGUUAACGCAUCCGAUCGUAUCUUUCCUGAUUCGCACUUCGGGCACAUUCCUCAGCCAUCUCUACAUGACUUGCAGAAAGAAGGCUAUAACUCUAUUCCAAAAUGGCCCUGGUUUUUUUAUUUGUCAGGUGCUAUGGGAUGCAUGGUUUGCAGCUCCGUCGCACACCUCUUUGCUUGCCACUCCAAACGCUUUAACGUCGUCUUCUGGUGCAUAGACUAUGCCGGCAUCUCCCUAAUGAUAGUCUGCUCCUGCUUUGUCACCAUCUAUUAUUCCUUCUUCUGCCACCCAUAUUCACAGCUCUUUUAUCUCACAUCCAUAACAGUGCUUGGAAUCCUUGCCAUCAUCAUUAUGCUGGUACCUGCUCUCUCAGCACCCCACUUCCGACACUUUCGAGCUGGCUUGUUCCUUACAAUGGGUGUCUCAGGGGUGAUCGCAGCAGCACAUGCAGUCGCCCUGCACUGGGGCCAUCCGCAUAUAUUUCUAUCCCUUGGAUAUGAUCUUGCUACGGUCUUUCUUUGUAUUGCAGGAGCUGUAGUUUAUGCUAGCAGAAUACCAGAGAGGUGGAACCCUGGUGCAUUUGAUAUUGCCGGGCACAGCCAUCAGAUUUUUCAUGUAAUUGUUGUUCUCGCAUCACUUGCUCAUACUGUUGCCACACUAGUGAUUAUGGAUUUUCGCCAGGAAUCAGCAACCUGCGUGUAGCAGGGAUUCUACACUUAGGUGGACAACAAUGUUAGUAAUAAGGGAAAUUUCUUUGUUGUUUCUCCUAUUGUUGUGCCUAAGUUGUAUCACUUCCAAGAACAUCAUUUUCUUCCGAAAGUGAGCGAAGUUCACGUUGUUGAAUUGGUGAAAUUCAUAAAUAUAUUUGAUCGUUCAUCAUACUGAUUUCCCCCCUAGAUUUUGUUAGUUUCAAGACUUGCAUCUUCAAGAACUUGUAGUUGCUGACAAAUUUUCACUUAGCAUCUUCGGAUAUAGUCUUCCUUUCUAAAUCUUGGUUGAACCUAAGAUGAAGUUUUCAAAGAACAAAUGAAAUGGCUUCAAGGAAUACGACAAUGCCACUUUUCUCAAGACUUAUUUUGUAUAUGCAAAAGGGAAAUGUGGUAUUGCCUCCGAGAUACAAUAAAUCAUAUAUUUGAUUUACCUUACUCUAGAAAAAUCAGACUACCAAAAUUUCCUUUGCGAGAUGAAAAUAUCUUGUUUUGACAAGGUUUCUUGCUACAAAACAAUGCUAAGAAACAAGCCAUC